UUGAUCAGUGCUCCAUUUUUUGUUAAUUUGACUGUACGCAUAAAGAGUUAUACAAGUUGCAUUUCAUAAUUCGUGUCGUUAAUUACAAUAUUAUCAAAUGAUGUUUCAAUUUUUGUUGUUAAAUGUGAUUACAAUGUUACGCUGUAACCAACAUAACCUAUCACGAUAAUGUAAUUUUUAAACGUUUACAUCAUGAGUAAUAGCGUUAUAAUAUAAAUUCGAUUGUAUUGUUUAUACAGAUAUAAUUCUUUUGUUUAUAUUUAUUGAAAUAGUUUAUAAUAAAGUUGGGAAUUGAUUAAGUGAAAAGUUGUGCAAACGUGUCGAGAACAUGAAGAGCAAUUCAGAUGAAAGUGAUUACGAAGAUAAAAACUUCAGUAGUCAAAAUGAUUAUCAAACAAUGGAAGGGAAGGAAGCAUAUCCAAGCUAUUUCUCUGAUCAGUCUUGCGAUGAAAGACGUAGUAAAAAGAGAAAACACGAUGCCUCUGUAGAUGAGAGUUCAGAUUUGUCAGAUUAUUACGAUACUUUUGAUGAGAAAGACAAUGCAAAGUUUAGCUCGCAUAAUAUGUAUCAAGAUAUGUCUGGCGAACAGGACUCGGGCGACGACUUUAGUAGCCUAAAAAAUAUAGAGACUAAACAUACAGAUGAUAGAGUAUCAAAUUCUAAUGACGAUGCAAAAGAAUCGAACGUGUCACAAUCGGUGUAUGAGGAAUCCUAUCAUCGUUACAAUAAACGACGCGAGAUUCGUAAAACGAGAUUGACUGAUGACGAUACUACCGACGAAGAUAAAAGUAACGAUACGAAGGAACAGUCGAUCAAAAGGGAAUCUACAAAUGUCUUUGACGGGCAAGAUAAAGUUCAACGAAUGAUGAGAAAAAUGGGAUACGAGGAAGGAUAUGGUCUUGGAAAAAAUAAACAAGGUCGUUUGGAACCUGUACAAACCUCUAAACAGCAUGGUCGUAGAGGUCUUGGUCAUCAUGUUCCUGAACUUGAAGCUUCAAGUCUAAAAUGGAAUCCUGCAGAAGAGAAGAUAGAAGUUCAGGAACACAUGGAAUGGUUAGCGAGUCAAAAUAUUGAGUUACCAACUCGAGAAAAACUAGAGACAUGGUUGCAAUUGGGACCUAAGAAGGUUUCUAUAGAUGGUGAAACUCUUUUCUGUAGUAGAGAUAUAGUUACAAAUAUAAUUAAUUCAAAAACAGUAUUUAAUAAUUUGGAUCGUGUUGAAAUGCGUCGUGCAAGAACACGUAGUAAUCCCUAUGAAACAAUUCGCGGUUCAAUAUUCUUGAACCGUGCAGCUGUUAAAAUGGCAAACAUGGAUAGUGCCUGUAACUUCAUGUUCACUAACCCACAGGGGUUGCAGAACAACGAACUGCUCUACUUUGCAGACGUAUGCGCUGGACCAGGUGGCUUCAGCGAAUAUGUUUUGUGGAAAAAAAAAUGGCACGCCAAAGGAUUCGGUUUCACUUUGAAAAAUGAAAAUGAUUUCAAGUUGGAUGAUUUUUAUGCAGGUCCUUGUGAAACGUUUCAUCCAUAUUACGGACCAAAAGAAAACGGGGAUGUUUACGAUCCCAGUAAUCAAGAUGCUUUUAGAGAACUUAUAAUGACUCAUACCAAUGGUAAAGGUGUACAUUUUAUGAUGUCUGACGGAGGGUUUUCUGUAGAAGGGCAAGAGAAUGUGCAGGAGAUUCUUUCAAAACAAUUGUAUCUUUGCCAAUGUUUAGUAGCAUUGAUGAUUGUACGAGAGAAGGGUCAUUUCGUCACAAAACUGUUUGACAUUUUUACUCCCUUUAGUGCUGGUUUAGUUUAUCUAAUGUAUCAUUGUUUCGAAAAAAUAUGCAUUUUUAAACCAAACUCUUCUAGACCAGCAAAUUCAGAACGUUAUUUAAUAUGUAAGAAGAAACGACCAGGCACAGAGAUUAUUACACAAUACCUGAAGCACAUUAACCAUUUGAUUUUAACGAAAGACGAGAAUAAUGACGUUCUACAAUUAGUGCAGUUCGAAGAAUUAGAGAGAGAGCAGAGAUUUUUGCAAUAUUUACGAGAAUCAAAUAAUAGUUUGGGAAAGAAACAAAUAAUAGGUCUUCGCAAAAUAGCUGCAUUUUGCGAAAAUAGUACUCUUGUUGAAGUUACACAAGCUGAUAUGCGCAAGGAAUGCCUUAAAUAUUGGAAACUUCCUGAAGAAGGUCGAACAAUACCAAGACACAUGAAACCUCAAGAUAAAGUAAAAACACUUCUUAAAAAUGUUACUAAAUUCCUGUCUAAGAGUGCAACGAAAUUGACGGUAGAUAACAAAACAAUACUGAACGUACCAUAUAAUUGGUUUUGUGUGCCUUGUGGUACUGGUGGACCAUAUGAUGAUCCAAAUAAAAAUGCCACAUUUUAUUUGGGUAUGGGAAGAAGCAAAGUAUAUCGUUAUGUAAGAGGUAGUUGGAUGCACGUUGAUGAUAUUAGUCUAGAAUUACCACCAGAUACACUGAUAUAUGCUGAAGUUGUCUAUGAAAAAAGAAAGGAGUCUAAACAAUUGCAGAAAGUACUAGCAUUACAUAUUAUAGAUGCUUUCUAUUUGGGCAACGAAGACGUUAGUCACAGAUAUUUGAGAGACAGGCACAAGCUGGCAAGGAAAUUUUGUGAAGCUUUGUGGAAACCAGAUGGAAAUAAAUACGCUCGUAUACGUACCAAAGAGUUGAUUCUUGUAAACCAAAACAUAGAUGACAAAUUACAAGUAAAGCAACGUAUAAUGAAAAAUAAUUUACAGGCUUCGGUAUAUGAAUUUGCAGAAAUGCCAUUAGAAGGUCACAGUCCUCCUAACGAAAAACCAUACUUUAUACUAAAUAGUAUAAUGUUUUUGAAAAACACAGCUGCUCCUUGGAAUAGACAUGGUAGUAAAACAUAUCGGAUAACAUAUCUUUAUAAUCCAGAGACCAGGAACACCAGUUUCGAUAGGACGAGACCUACUUCAGCCGAGGCAGGUUUUAUCGAAACGUUUGAAAACCGUGUUAUUUGGUAUUGGCCUAACGAUAAAAAGCUUACUAUGGAAAUGGUCGCUUCAUCUAUAAAGCAAAAAUGUUCCGAAGUUGAUUUGCGUUCGAUAGACUAUUAAAAUGCAAUACACAAUAAGACAGACAGUUUUAACGGCGUUACAUCAAUUUUGACGUUUUGAUGGUUUUUUUCGACGUUAAUCCAAACUGUUAACGAAUCUUCAUCUUGGGACCAGCAAUAUUUUGGAAUUUUUUCUUU